GCGGUACAACGGUGGAUCAUCCAACGUCCCAUGCUGGGGUGCUGCCGGUGCAUCCAGCGCGCGCUCACAUGCGUCGCCAUAGGCGCCUCCUUCAUCCAUGCAUGUCUGUUAUGGGCGUGGUCGUGCUUCAUUUACCCGUACACGUGUCUGCACAACUGGAGGCAAGACCGAUCGCUGCAGCUCAAGAAUCACCACGAAUGGUAUUUUUUUGCGUGGCGAUGCACUUUCCCGCUGCUCACGCUCAUGGCUGUGGUGGGCGUGAGUGCGCUGGGUCGUCUCGGCGGGGUUGUUGGGUAUACCCUCAGUGCAGGCCCGGUGUGGUUCUACUGCAUGUUGAUUGUGCUGGCAACGCCUUUCUUUGUCAUGUAUCGAUUUCCGAACGCCCAUCCGCGCAUGAUAGCGAUAUUUUGGAAGGUCCUAUUUCUGUGCAGUGCGUUCACAAGUGCCAUUGAGCUGUUUGUGUGGACCGGUGGCAAAUCCCAUAAUCACCAUCACAGCCACAUGGGGCCGAGCAAACUGAGCUGGCUCAUGGGAAAUCUCCUCUUGGGCAUUGUCGGGUUCAUCGGAGUCCCGUUCUUCUUUUCGCUGCAGCCCCGCGUUCGUCUCGACACUUCCGAAGUUCACGACGACGCGGCCGCGCUUCAGUCGUUGCCAGCGUCGCCUUCCGGCCACUCGUCGCCCUCGCUCAUGGACUCGCCCCAAGCUAACGUUGAUGAACCAGCUGUAGGAUUCGAUCCACAUGUAGGCAUGGCAGGCAAGAUGGUCCUUCCAUGCGGCAUUGCGCUCGGGAUUGUGCUGCUGUUGACCGUGUGCGCCUACUUCCCAAUGAAACAUUCGGCUCGCGCCAAUGCUGUCGACGUGUACUGGGGUGUGGCGUACUUUUUGUCGCCGCUGCUCAUCGUGUGGCUCGUCGUGCACACUCGCGACACGACGCAGUGUGUUUACAGGGGGGCGACUUCAACUUGGUGGUGCUCUUUACGACUGUCCUCACCCACGUCCCGGUAUUUGUCGGCCAUCUGAGUCUUGCGCUGUUUUCUCUUGUGGACCAUCACCCGACGCCCGUCGCUAAACUCGCCAUCUCGUGCCUCUAUCUCGGUCUCAUGCAACUCUACUUCUACCUCAUGACCAAAGUGCUCCAGGGGUUCGCCCCACCUUACACCCAUCCGUCCCUGUUGUACGUGGGUCAGCUCUACUUUUACGUGUUUUGGUACCUCUUGGUCGGAAGCGACAGCCCCAUCGACUUGGUCUACUUCGCCAUGCUCGCUUUGAGCAACCUCCACGUCGUGUUUGCCAACACGGGCAUUUACACGGACACCGUCGAGACGUUGACUGUGGCCUGUUGGCUGCACCCGACGACCCAGCUCGCGUCAAUGUGUGUGGGGUCGUCUGUGGCCGUGUGUUUUCGAGCAAUUCAGCCGCCCCGCCAGCAUUCGAACUCGGCCACAUCGAUGUCUCUCUUUCAUGCCGACGGCGACGUCCCAAACGAUUCGAUGAAGAAGCACCGUCGCUGCCUCGCGUACGAAAACGUAAUUGACCCGUCCAAUGCGAACGCCCCACCUCUACUCCACUCAUCCUCGCGCGACGCGACGAUGGAGCUGCAGCAAUUGUACUUUUUGAUGAAGCUGGCGGAACAAGAUCACAUGGCCGACACGAGCGCGCUGAUUUUAGUCCCGUCGCUCGUCACGUGGCUCGCGUGGAUUGAAACGAAAGAGACACCAAUGGCCAGUUUGGUCAACAUGUGGCUGCGGUGCAUUUUCAUGUUUGGCGCACGAGUGGCGGGGUCUUUUUUGUCGCGAGAAAUUUUUGCGUACAAGAUGCAAAAACGGCACAGCACCGUCGCCGACUCUACCAAUGCGACUGUCGAUCGCCUUCGCGUCCAGCGCAUCAUGCUCGCGGACUGUCGAAGGCAGUUUUGGUAUCUUGCCGCCGCGACGACUGUCGUCGUGUUUGCGUGCUUUGAUAAGCCAGGGUGGCCGUCUCGGUAUUCGUUCUACACAACGUAAACACGUCGACAUCGCCAUCGCGCGCGGUCCUUCC